AUGUUCAAUGACGAUGAUUUGUUCGGCUUCGGCGGAAUGCACAGAUUCAUCCACCACAGCACGGGCCUUGCAACGUCUGAUUCUUAUCUGUUUCGAUCUCUGCAAAACUCCCUUGAUGGUGAGAAAAUGGCCGGCCAAAGCACCGUUGGAAAUUAUGUGGCCAAGUUUUUGGGUCCCCCGCCACCGCCUCAUCAUCGCCAAGUCGCUCGCCCGUUUGACCCUUUUCGUGGAUUUGGCGGCCUAUUUUCCGAGGAUCUACAAGAACGUGCUAUGAACGAUCCAAAUUCUCAUGUUUACUCGCAGUCGACUAUGGUGACGUUUGGCGGCGAUGGACAGCCUCGCGUUGUCGAAAAUUCUGUACGGAAGAGUGGCGAUGUGAAAGAAACCAGGAGAGCACUUCGUGACGGAGCACGAGAGGAGAUGUCCAUCGGCCAUACAAUAGGCGAUCGAACGCAUAUCAUUGAGAAGAAAAGAGACAAGGACGGCAAUGUUCGUCGUCAGCAGCGAUUUGUGAACCUCGACGAAGGUAGUCAUUUUAAAGUAAUUACUGCGCAAGCGCGGGAUGAUAGGUUCAAGGAGAAGAUGCACACUCACAGCUUACCCAAAUGGAUCGAGGACUCCGGACCUUGCACACGCACCACUCCAUAUAUGCGGCUUGGGCAAGCUUAUACUAAUCCACUGACUGACGUAGAUUUAUAG